CUACCAUUAUUAAGUGAAUUAUUUUCCUUAUGUUAGACUUGCAUUUACCCCUUUUGACUUGCUGAAUGUGCCAGUUCAUUUCCCCCCCUCAAACGCACGUCUGAUUGGCUGAUGAGUUAUACAACAUGACACCUCCUAAGCCCCCUUCAAAUAGGAGAAACAUUAGAAGUUGUUUUUUUCCAGCAUGCAGCACCAGCAGCCACUGCAAGUAAUAUGAAAAUAAAAAAUAAUGUGAAAAAAAUAGCAAAACUCGUGUAAGUAUCUGCUUAGAGAGAAGUGUCCUCCUGUAUGUGCUUUCUACUGUUAACGAUAAUUAAACUGAGAAAUGUAGUACUGAGGUCCCCCCCCCUUCUCCCAAAUUUUCAUUUUUAUUUUAUUUAUGUAUUCUUAAAUCAGCCCAAAGGCGCUUUCAUUUUUGAGUUUUGAGUGAGUUUGUCUCUGCUUUUGUACAAAAGCAGUAAUGUUUUACCUGAAGGAAAGCUCCAUUUUUAUCCAAUUUUUUUUUCUAAAAAUGUUUUCUUUUCGGUUAUAUUUAUUUGGACAGACAAUGCUGAGUGGUCUUCAGACAAAUGUUUAUUAUUGUGCAUUCCUGGAUAGUUAUGAGAUCAUAAACAAGUUUGUAUUUAUUGUAUGUUAAUAUAAUGUAGGUUAUGUUCUAAUAUUGCAAUUUAAAUUUGGUGAUAAAAAUCCAGAUAUUUAUUGUGGAAGUUUUUAAAAUGUUUUGUAGUUUUUGAAAACAAAGGUUCGAAUCAAACGGUGUAUUGCUUGAACCAAUACACAUGAAAGUUAGUAUGAGUCAAUACAGAUUUAUUUUGCAUUGAUCAUUAAGCCUAUGAAUUAAUUAGGUUAAUAUUCAUGAGAAAUGUAGCCCUGACCCCCGGUCACUCAAUCUGUUUGGUCUUUUAAUGUCCCGUCCCCAGCAAAAAGUGUACAUGUUAUGCUGUUAUAUUGUCCCUACCAAUGCUGAGACCAAACCUAAACCCUUGAAAGGAGUUCAGAAUGAGGGUUGCGCAAGAUGACUGCAAAGUCUGGAUACAAAGAGGAUGCCAAAGAAAAUAUAAGAAUAGUGUCCAUCAGCAUUUGCCUCACUUCUGAAUGAAGGUAAAUGAAACUCAGAACAGAAAUUCUUGGAUGUCAAAGACGUGGGCAACCAACCCUGUAGUUUAGUAGGAAAAGUGAUAUCAAAACCGAACCAUCCCCACCCCCCACUCUUUACGUUUCAGAGGUUGGGAGCGAGGCAUAGUGUUAGUCCAACACUAUUAUUAUUGUUUCAUUCGGAAUUGUGAACCCAGCCUUGUUUAAUUGCGCAGUUUUGGUAAAUGAUGUUCAAAUGUGGAAGUAUUAAACAAGCGGACGUGUACUAAACCUAAAGUUUAGAAGAUAUUACGGUACAUAUUGGUUCAUACCAAGGGCGUGGGUUUGCAUAGGGACGGUAGGGUCAUAACACUACCAACUUUUCAGGAUGCUCAAAUUGUCCCCACCUUAAAAACUUUUAAGCAACCUUAUUUGCAUUAUACAAUGAGUUCAGCUAUUAAGGUAAUAUUGUUACAGUCCGCGAAUGCGGAGAACGAGAUUGGACCCAAACACAGACAACAGAAGGGAAGCGUUCGGGGAUUUAUUAUUCACAAUCAAAACAAACUCGUGAACGCGGAAAAAGGGGACUAACAAAAGGGAUCCGUGACAUACGGGUCGACGGGGAUCAAACACGCGAAAACUGAGCAAAGGGCAGAUAGCCAAAAAGACAAACAAAAAUACACUCGAUACCUGCACAAGGUAGAGGAUCACAAAGCUAAGACGUCUGACGACCUAGAUGACAAAUACAGAGCGGCUCGAAAGCAGUAUGUGCGAAUGGCGACCAGCAAACUAAUCUCUCGGCGCCGUUGUGUUGGUUCGCCAACGUUUAUAUAUUAGUGUUGAUUAGCUGGAACUCGCUGCCGGUGUGACGUCACAAAUGCUCCCACAGCUGGCCCUGAAACAAACAAAAUCUAACCAGCAGCGCAUCAUGACAAAUAUAGAUUGUCUUCCCAUGUGUUGUUAGGAUAGAAUUGACCCUACCAUUAUUAACGGAAUUACAUUCAUUAUGUUCAGACUUACAUUUACCACUUUUCACUUGCUGAAUGUGCCGGUGUUCUGCCAAAAUCUCUACAUCGGCGAAAUGUCCUACAUUAGUCGAAUUUGACACCCAAAGGACUACCGUGCACUCUAAACUUGUUUUGUUUAGAUGCAUACAGGAAUACGUACUAAAAAAAUGCCUGCAGAAAAUACCUAAAUGUAGUUAUAUCAAAUAAGGACGGUUUAAAUACGCUACGUGACUAAUGUGGUCAACUGCUUCAAAGCUAACACAAAAAAACACAAUGGUUAAAAGUAGGGCUGCAGCUAUCGAAUAUUUUAGUAAUCGAGUAAUCGACUGAAAAUUCUAUCGAUUAAUCGAGUAAUCGGAUAAAAAAAAAAUAUUUUUAGGUGAAGAGCAAUUAUAAAUAUACAUGAGAAAACAAGACAUUUCAUCUACUCUUGAACCAUUUUCAGUCAAUCAAUGUCUUUAUUUUCGAUGUAUAUUGUUGAAAACCGACAACAAUUGCAUCUCAGAUGUAACUAGAAUUUAAAAAAAAAGACAAAUUCACUGCUUUCACUCAAAAAAACUUUAGAUCUUAUUAAAAAAAAUAUAUAUUUAUACCUAAAAAUGCCAUUACGCUUGAUAACACACAUCACUAAAAGUUGGGAUUUUUUCCCACCUGUUUCAAUUGAAUUUCUAUUUGUGUCAAGCCAUUUUUAAGUUCUAGUUAAGUUUUACGCUACUCUUAAACUGUAAGUCCUGAUAGGAUUUUGUGUUUUUGCAGUGUUCAAGAUAAAUGUAUGAUACAGGCUGUAUUGGAGCACAUUAGGGACCAGUGCUACUUGGUGUUUUAUCCAGCAAUGACUACUAAGCUAAAAUUGAUAGUUAGCAUUAUUGAGUUUUUAUUUUACACCCUUAUCACUCCACAAAGCUAUGUUAUGUUAAAGCCUGUAUGUAAGACACGUUAGCCACGCAUCGAAAGUGGUCAUAAUUAAUAGAAACCUAGCCCUCCGCAGGGCUAACGUUACGUGAGCUAGUGACUCAGACAGUAACGUUAAUCUUAUUUAUUAGCGCUUAGCGCUCUACUGCUUUAAGAUGGCUGCUGUUUAUUAACGCUGCCCAGACGCGGCCGAGUCUAUCACAAUGCAUCUAGUUCAACAUACAUGUGAUCUCUAUGAGACUCCUCAGAUGCUACCUGCUACCAACUUAACAUCAUGCAGGCUAGUUUUUAGCAACGUCGGCGUAGUUUGGAGCGGCUGUCGGCUGCGGAAAUGUUUUUUUUAUUUUUUUUAUUGCUUCUUCCUCUACGCACGUGACGUCAGCGCGUUGUCCCGCAUUAAAAGUAGUCCGAGCGAAACGUGAUGCUUAGAGUUGUCAAAAUAAACGAUUACUCGAGGUGAAUAAAAUUACUCGGAUCAGUUUUUAAACUCGAGUUACUCGAGUUGCUCGAGUAUUCGUUUCAGCUCUAGUUAAAAGUAUGAGAGGGUAAUACAUGCAAAAAGUAUCUUUGAGGCAGUGAAAAGGUUCUAAAUAACUAAAUAAAAACAAAAAUAGUGAAUACUCGCCGCUUCUAACCCAUGUGCGCAAGCGUGCUGAUCAUUGUGUAGGACGUUUUGCCGCGUGGUAAGGAAUGGCCGAACACCGGUCCACCCCCCCCAAACCCACGUUUGAUUGGCUGAUGACUAGAACCCAUACAUUCACAUAAUCCCGACAGAAAUACAUGUCAAUAUGCCGCCUCUGCCGCUCCCUUUGAAGAGGAGGAUUAUUAGAAGUUUUUUUUUGGGCCAGCAGCAGCAGCAGCCACUGUAAGUAAUGUAAAAAGAUAUCAUUGUUGUGGAGGUGGGGAACACUCGACUAAUUUCGCUACUGAAAGUCCGACCUGCAUCAGGGUUAGCAUAACAUUAAACCGUGUGAACUUGCUAACCUGCAAAACUCGAGUGGAAAGCUGCUUAGAGAGGUGUCUUCCUGUAUGUUUUCUGCUGUAAACUUUAAUUCAACUGUUUGCAAUUUGUGCAUUUAUUCAUUAAUUAAAACGUAUUUAUUUUCUACAUUACUUUUUUUUUUUUUUUUUUUUAAAUAAUGUUUGCAGCCUAUGCACAUGUUUACCCACCACCGAAAAAAAAAAAAAAAAAACACAAAAACACAACCACUGUAAAUUUCCUGUAUAUGAAGCAAGCGUUUUGAAAAAAAUAUUUUCAUAGAAAGUCAUUUAACUUUUUUCAUUUCUAUGUAGUAAGCAGCUAUUUUGAAGUCAUGUACCCAAUUUGUUUGGUCUUAUUAAUGUCCCGUCCCCAGCAAAGAGUGUACAUGCAAGUUAUGCUGUAAUAGCAUCCCAACCAAUGUUGAGACCAAACAUACGCCCUUGGUUGAUACAGUAUUUUCACUCAAGAGUACAAUAUCCCUUCUUGUAAAUUAUGUACUUCUAAGAAAAAAAUAACGCGAUCGCUUUGCGAUUUAUCUUCAGGUAAACGCUGCAGCAUGAAUCAAAUUAAAUUAGAAGGGAGGGCGUUGUCGCCACACCCUCACUCCGACCAUUGACAUCAUACCACCCGUAUGAUGUCGGCCGCGUCGAUCACCUGGAAAGAAUAGGUGUCGUCUUAUCUCUGCUCUGAUAUGAGGUAACAACCGAUGUCGUCAUUAAAAGCGACAUUGGAGUCGGAUUUGGAACUUCACAGCCAUGUAACGUUAGCCGUGGAUUUCAUUGGCGCCUGACCGCCGCUUCGCGUUGAGUUUUUGCAAUGCGUCUUUAGAAGGGAGGAAAUUUCUGCUGCAAGCGAGCAUGAGUUUGAACCAGCGGGACUUUGCACCGAGGUCAGGGGCUGAGGGGGACACUGUACCUGCACGGUGCAUCAAAGAACCACCUCAAACGUGCUCGCUGCCCAGACUCCUCACCGGUCAGCGCCCUUUGCAAUCUAAGUCAUAUGCAUACAAAGCUCAAGAAGACAAACUGAAUCCUUAUAGGCGAACUGAAGUCUCGAAGCUGAAGUUGCCACCAAUCAGGGAUCCCUUAAAGUUGAGGGAACAGUCCGCACAAAAUAUUAAGGAGCUAAAGAACCAGAAUUAUGUGCUGCAACAGCAAUUGAAAGAUUCAAAAAUGGAGAAUAAACUGUUGAAGAACGUUCUGCAUCGUCAUACGGUGGCGCUGCAGCAAUACCAAGAUUUGGAAGGGAGCAUUUCUCAGAUACAAGAGCAGCACAGAAACGAAGUGAAAGCUUUGCGGAAGUUGCUCAGUGAGACACGUUUGAGCCGUGAUACUCUGGUUAGGAAGCUGCAAACUACAGAGAAGGAAUUGUUGGACUGCAAAGACAGGAUCAAUCAUCUCCAGUGGAGGGUUUGCCGGAACCCCAACCUCCUGGAAAAGGAGGAACUAACCCGUAAGCUCAGUGAGUUCACCAUACAGCUAGAGGAAAAGGAAAGGAGGAUACAGUUCUUGGAGAAGAGUAACAUGUUGCUUCAAGGCUCACUCAAUCGGCAAGUAGCAAGUGAAUACAAAAAAAUAUCCAAGACCACUGAGGUGUCUCUCGGUCUACAAUCAGAAGUUGGUGAAUUAACCAAGAAAAUUCAACCUGACAGAAUGAGAGAAAUAGAGGCAAGUAAUAUUUAUGGUAUACGAUCACGAAAACAAGGAAGAAAAGGAAAACAAAGCAAAAUGGUCCAGACGGAAGAAUUUGUCUCAACAAAUAGCGACCCUGGCAGCAGGCUCAAGUCAGAACUUUCGGACACUGAUGAGAACCCGCAAAAGUGGCAGAGCCCUGACAGCUCAGAUUAUGUGUCACGGAGGUCUCGAACAAGCGAACGAAGAAGUAAAAGCUCUAAGCAUUCUGAGGAAGCAGGUGGUAGGGAAAUCCAAGGUAAAAGAUGUGAAUCGUCAGAAGAUACACAGGAGUCAGAGGAAGAGAAUGACGAGGAAGAAAAUGAAGAAAAGAGUAAAAAUGAAGACGAUGAGGGAGAUAAUAAUGAAGAUGGAGGAGGUGGAGGGAGGCCAGAUCAGAACAACAAUGAAGAGAAGGGCGGGAUGGAGGGUCAUGACGAGGAACGCUUUGAGGACGAGGGAAUGGACCAAAAUGAGGGAGAGGAGGAAACUGAGGAGAAAGAAGAUGAGACAGAGGAGACAAGGUUCGAGGAGGACUUCAAAGAGAUGACAAAUGAGGAGGAGGAGCGGGACUAUGUGGAAGAACAAGAGGAGAGGAAUGAGUUACAGGAGAAAGAUGAGGAAGUGGUGGAGGAGCAGAAAGGGGAAGAGGAGGAAGAGCAGAUGCAGAAGGAUGAGGGAGAAGAAGCUGAAGAGGUAAAGGAGGAGGGGGAAGAAGGGAAGCAAAUGGGAGAUAAGGAGCAGAUAAAGAAUGAGAUGGAAAUAAGAGAAGACAAUGUGAAGGAAGACGAAAAGAAAAUAGAAGUGGUUGAGGAAAAUGUCAUGGUGAUGGUGGUCAAAGAGGAGGUCAAACAACAGACAAAAAGAAAGGAGAAAGGAGAUCAGAAAGACAUUAAGACAUACAAAAAAUGCUCUAUGGCGUGCAUUCUUCGAGAGCCUAAGGUGGCAACUCAACGUGAACCAAAACGAUUAUCGCGGCCCAAAGUUCGCCGCAAGUACAACUUCACCCCAGUUACUAAGAACCUACAUCUGGGGAAGCCAGCCUACAGCGGUGUUCACCUGAGGUAUUAUAAAAGCUCAAACGUGCCAGCAAAAGAGGAGACCCUUUACUGUCGCAAUCGGAAACGUUCUGCGGAGAUAAUAGAUGACAUCUAUCUGAGUGAUGAACAUACGGAUCCCGCCAGUGACGGCUCGGAUUUGGAUUUAAUCACGAGCGAAUCAUCUAGAUGGACUUAAAGUAACAGUAACAAACAGCUGAACUUUUUGCCCUGACUCUCCAUGGAGUUGUGUCAGCGGUGAACUUGCAGUUUAUUUGCUACUGCAGUUUGUGCCCAAUUUGCUCCAUUGCUUCUCUGGGUUGUUUAAAAACACUUAAGGGCACAAGACAUUCAACUGUGAAUAUGAACAUUGUGACUACAUCUAUCAAUGUCUUAAUUUGUUUACUUGCAAAUUCCUGGUUUGGAUUAACAACUACCUAAUUUCCAUGAAAAUCUUUGGUAAGGUAUGCCAUGGACCAACGAAGCAAUCGUUAAAUGACUGUAAUGUUCAUUACUGCCUCCUUCGGCUCUGGAACAUAAGGCUACACUGUAGUACUGCUAUCAGACAGGGUUGUUCUCUUUUUAUCACAGCAGUUAAGCUUGCCUUUUUGUGCCAAGUGACAAUUUUCAUGCUAAAAAUGAAAUUGGUUCGUUGGGUGUUGUUUGUAAACGUCAGAUGACGUAGUUACAGGAAAUAUUGUCAAAACUGCUAGGCCAUGAAUAAAGAUCAAACAAAUACGAAACGGUCAGCACAGUGAAACAUAUGACAUCAUUGACUUGAAGUAAUGGACUUUUUUUUUUUUUUUUUUUACAUUAACGCAACAGAUUUGAACGUGUGGCACGAUGGACAAGUGGUUAGCACGUCCACCUCACAGUUCUGAGAACAAGAGUUCAAUCCCGGGCUUCGGCCGACCUGUGUGGAUUUUGCAUGUUCUCCGUGGGUUUUUUUCUAGGUACUCUGGUUUCCUCCCAUCAUUUAAUACAUGCGUUGUAGGCUCGGUGAUUGAACAUUUUAUAACUGUCCCUAUGUGUGAAUGUUAAUGUAUGUUUGUCCAUUGUGCCUUGUGAUUGACUGGCAACAAAAUCAGGGUGUACCCUGCCUCCUGCUCAGUUAGCUGAGAUAGGCUUUAGCACUGUUGCGACCCUAGUGAGGAUAAAUUUAGAAAAUGGAACGUUUGCAUCUGCCAGAUGCCCUAAACACACUUAAAUGCACGGAUGGCACUGGAAUGACUAAAAUAUUCUGCUAUCUUUAUGGUUGCAUGAUACAAAAUGCCAACAAAAAUCAUUGACAAUUAUGGUGAUCAUAAAUAAUAAUCGAACACAUUAAAUAGCAACAUACAAAAAGCCUUUACACAGCAAGGAAAGAUGACAUGCAGAAUGACUUCAUCUUAGUUGGGAACCUUCUCUGCCUCUUAUUAUGCUGCAUGUAUUCAGUAAAUUUCAAGUGUUGUUCUGCUUGUUGCAACGCACUGAAAUUUGGACUCCUGGCAAUCAUACAAUGCGCCUGCAAGUUCAUUGUGUCGUGUUCUAGAAGAGCAAACUAAGCACCUCUAAGAUUUAUUAAAGUCAAUGGCACUCCAGGUGCCGUGUAAUAUUUGGAUUAAAGUUUCUUUUAAAUAGUUUGGUUUUGCAUAUUGUUACAGAGUUUUAUUUUAAAUAUUUUUAAACAAGUUCACUUUUUUCUAGUAACUUAAAUAUUUGCUUAAAUUGUUGUUCAUUUAAUGCUGGUAGGUUAUUUUUACAUGUGAUUUUAU